AUGAACCCUUAGGAUCAUUAAAAUCAAAUUGCACAAAACUUUAGACCUAUAUAAAAUUACUCUUUUUUCUAUAACACUUUGCACAUGCCUUAUUAAUUUUCUCAUCCUUGUGCAUACAAUGCUCCUCAAGGAAUGUUUUUUCAGAGAUAGAUGCCUCCUGUCUUGAUGCCUGAUCCAUAGCAUCAUCAAAAGCAGCAAUAGCCGAAAGUAGUUAUAACAAUUUCGAGUGAUGAGGAGGAAGUGCAUCCAAAGCCAUAGGAACAAGCUCCAAAACCUGUUGCAAAACCACCUCCUCAACCCAAAAAGUAGCCUAAGAUCUUGGACUUGGAUUAGUUGGAAAGUUAAGGAAGGGUGUAUGAUUAUGAGUCUUCUGCCUCUCCUUAACUUCCAAGAAGAGUCUCAAAAGGUUUAAAUUUUUAGAAGACAAUGCGAUAAAUGCAUUAUGAGAACUUCUAAUCACCAAAGCAGAAGAAGAAGCCUUAGAAAAUUCGUAAGGAACCUACUCGCAUCCAACCAAAGAUAGCAAAGCAAGUUCAAAUAGGAAGAUAGCGGCAACUAAUUGUAUUUCCCCAAUCAAAUGUAAAAACGCGUUUAAUCAGAGUUUACACUAAAAAUGAAGAGAAAUGUACUUAAUAUAAUAUAUUUGAGACAGUCUAAAAAUUAUAUAAUAUCAUCUUGUAGAAUUUUCCAAAUGUCAAUGAUGAGGAUGUAGUGAGAAUCCUUAAUUUCUCAGGGAAAUCGUACAAAAAAGCAAUUAACUUUGUUCAAGAGAAUGGAUUUCUAGUGCAAUAUUUGAUUGAGACUUAUUAGAAUAAUAUCUUAUCAAGCGAGGAAGAAUCAAAAAAUAAAAAGUGA